AUUCUAGCGGUAAAUCAUGGCAGCGUCGCUAUUAUGACGAUGUGCACGUCAGCCUCUUUCCAAUCUCGAUGAUGGAUCCUGUUUGCAUUUGCGGAGAAAGGAGAAAUCAGGAAAUCGGCUUUGAUUCUAGACAUUUAAAAAUAUUCUAUCUUCUGGUGGAGUUUUUCUGUAUCCUUCUCUCUACAUCUUCAUUCCAACACUUUCUUCCCUCCUCCCAUUUACACUUUGAUCUUAUUCCCGGGCCGCAAUAUGUCGUCAUCAUCCGCUGAGCAAAGAAGCGAUCUCGAGGAGGAGCAGCUCGAGCAGGAGAAGCCCGUGCGAAAGACAAAGACCAAGAAGCAAAAGUCCGAGCGACGCAAGCGACGCGCCCGAUUCGAAGACUACGAUGACGAGCAGGACAACAGCCAGAUGGCCCAAAGCAACUACAACGCUCAGCAGCAGCAGUUGCAGCAACAACAAAUGCAGCAGCAACAACAACAGCAACAGAUGCAACAGCAGCAGCAACAGGGUGGUGGUGGAAAGAGUGAUGCCCUCUCCCUGCAUCUUGAAUUGAACCUUGAGAUUGAGAUUCAGCUUAAGGCGAGAAUCCACGGUGAUCUUACUCUUUGCUUGCUGUAAGUUGAACAACAAUUAUCGCCUUGAUCAUCGCUAACAUUCUCAGGAACUAAAUAACGACUAUGACCUUUAGGUUGUUGUUCAUAUCGGAAAACAAUGAACGACAUAUGACUUGGGUUGGCGGCGUUGGGGCUCCAUUUGCACUUCCUUGGAUAUUUACACAUAUAUGUUCAACAGUAUUCUUUGACACAUCUAAGACAUUGUCUGUCUAUUUUAUAUACUUAUUACCAUUUUGA